CGUCUCCACCCAUUCCAGCCUAAACCUCACCCUGGCCGCCUGGCGUGCUGAGCCUUCCCAUAACUCUUGCACCUUGGCACCACACUAGCCUAGCCUAGUGCCGAGCUCGCACUUGCUCAUCCCUGUUCGUGCACAGGAGCAGAGCCAAGAACCGAAAGUUCAGGUCUCGUAGGAGACGACGGCCAUGAAGUACGUGCUCGUGACCGGAGGGGUGGUGAGCGGCCUCGGCAAGGGCGUGACGGCCAGCAGCAUCGGCGUCGUGCUCAAGGCCUGCGGCCUCCGCGUCACCACCAUCAAGAUUGACCCAUACCUCAACACUGAUGCUGGAACCAUGUCUCCGUUCGAGCAUGGUGAGGUCUUUGUUUUGGAUGAUGGUGGAGAGGUGGACUUGGACCUUGGAAAUUAUGAACGUUUUCUGGAUAUCAAAUUGACCCGUGACAACAAUAUAACCACGGGAAAAAUCUAUCAGGUUGCCAUUAAUAAAGAAAGGAGAGGAGACUACUUGGGAAAAACCGUUCAGGUUGUGCCACAUAUUACAGAUGAAAUACAAGAUUGGAUUGAACGCGUUGCAAUGAAUCCAGUCGAUGGUGAAGAAAGGCCUCCUGAUGUCUGUGUCAUUGAACUUGGUGGCACUAUAGGGGAUAUUGAAUCAAUGCCUUUCAUUGAAGCACUAGGUCAAUUUUCAUACCGUGUUGGACCUGGAAACUUCUGUCUGGUUCAUGUCAGUCUUGUUCCGGUUCUAAAUGUAGUUGGUGAACAGAAGACUAAGCCUACACAACAUAGUGUUCGAGGGCUUAGAGGACUUGGGUUGGCACCAGAUGUUUUAGCAUGUCGCAGUACUGAGCCAUUAGAAGAACAUGUGAAAGCCAAGCUCUCACAGUUUUGCCAUGUACCGAUCUCAAAUAUUGUGAGCCUCCAUGACGUGACAAACAUUUGGCACAUCCCUUUGUUGCUAAGGGACCAGAAGGCCCAUGAAGCUAUUCUGAAAGUUUUAGACCUUCAGUAUGCAGGGAAAGUACCUCGGGAACCCAAGUUGGAGGAGUGGACCAAAAGAGCCACCAAGUUUGACAAAUUGAAGACUCCGGUCAAGAUUGCCAUGGUUGGAAAAUAUACCGGCCUGUCGGAUUCCUACCUGUCUGUUCUAAAGGCUCUUUUGCAUGCAUCAGUUGCUAUGGAAAGAAAGCUUGUAGUGGAGUGGGUUCCUUCCUGUGAUCUUGAAGAUUCUGCAGCAAAAGAGACCCCUAAAGCCUAUAAAAAAGCAUGGAAACUGCUGAAGGGUGCAGAUGGUAUACUCGUUCCUGGAGGCUUCGGAGACAGGGGAGUUCAGGGCAAAAUUCUUGCUGCAAAAUAUGCACGCGAAAACAAUGUUCCUUAUCUCGGCAUUUGCUUGGGAAUGCAAAUUGCAGUGAUUGAGUUUGCUCGUUCAGUCAUGAAAUUACGUGGUGCAAAUAGCACAGAAUUUGAUCCAGCUACAACAUCACCCUGUGUCAUAUUCAUGCCAGAGGGCUCAAAAACCCAUAUGGGGGCUACAAUGAGGCUAGGAUCAAGAAGAACAUAUUUCCAAGUCAAUGGCUGCACAUCUGCAAAGCUGUAUGGCAAUGCUAGCUCUGUAGACGAAAGACAUCGCCACAGAUAUGAGGUGAACCCUGAAAUGGUCCCAGACUUUGAGAGGGCCGGGCUUUCGUUCGUGGGCAAGGAUGAAAGUGGAAGACGCAUGGAGAUCAUUGAACUACCCUCUCACAAGUUUUUCAUCGGUGCACAAUUCCAUCCAGAAUUUAAGUCGAGACCAGCAAAGCCAUCUCCACUUUUCUUAGGACUAAUAGCAGCGGCAUCUGGACAACUAGAACCUUUGCUUCAACGCAGUUGCAGCGUGGUCGAUUCGAAUUCUACAAAAGCAUGUAUCAACGGUAAAGUUUCAAAACCGAAACUGUACUCAAAUGGACAUGUGAAGAACGCAUUAAACAGCUUGGUAAACGGGUACUACGCAAAUGGCAAUGGCAUUCCCAUCUAGAAGCAUAAUGCUAAGAGCUGGCCUUGAUUGAUAUUUGCUUCUAUGGUUUUGCUUGUACCGUUUUUCAUCAUUGGUUCUCUUUCCUUUUUGGUUUGUAUUUGUCUCUGAUCAACUGAGAAGGCUAAGACUCGCAAGCUCCAGGUCCAGCGCCACAUGGUUCCGACAUUUUUACGAGGAACGUCCUCCGGUCCGUUUUUUGUGAAGCAAAUUAGCUAUAGUGUGGUCUAGUGUGAUGUUUCUUUUUUGUUUGAGGCCUCAAACUAAGGCUGGCCUUGGUAGCUUUACUGGAGUCUGGAAUCUCAACUAUUUGUACAUUAUGGAAGAACUUAUCUAAGGACUGAAUAUACAGAUGCUUGGCCA